AUGCCAAUGGGUAAGGGAGACACUAUUUCUUGCUUUGCGAUCAAGGACAUCAGACCUGGCGAAGAGAUCACUUUCGCUUACUUUGGAGAAUUCGAUUGCUUGCUCAGUCACACGCGCCACAAAUUACUGCACUUCGUCUGCAAGUGCAAGGCAUGCCUUCCAGAUAAUGUGGGGGAAAUUUCCACCGAUUCCACCCCGAACAGGAACUCAAUUCUCACAUUUCGCGAAGUCACCGAGGACAACUGGCGCGCGGUAGCAAAUUUAAGCCUCAAGCCCGGCCAGACAGGCAACCUCGCCCCAAAUGUGUGGUCUCUCUGUGAAGCUCAUUACUCCGAAGACGCAUGGGUACGAGCUAUCUACGCCGACGAAACGCUUGUCGGUAUGCUGAUGAUGGCGAUCUGGGAUCCGGAUGAGGCCUACUAUAUCUGGCGAUUCAUGAUUGAUGGCCGGUAUCAGGGUCUUGGGUAUGGUCGACGGGGUGUGGAGUUCGCGAUUGCACAUAUACGACAGCAUAAUCCUCGGGCAAAGACUUUGGGGGUGAUGUCAACUCCACCGGAAGGGAAAAAGAGCGAAAAUCCGCUUAAGAAUGUGAAACCUGAGGAUUCGCCCCAUAGGUUUUAUGAGAGGCUUGGUUUUAAGGAGAUUGCACCGCCGGAUGAAGAUGGGGAAAUCAUGAUGUCGAUAGACUUGUAG